AAAUUAAGAGGUACUAAGAAAAUUACUGAUUCAAAAUAAAGUGCCAAUAUAUAUUUUUUAUUCUUGUGCGAAACAUACAGUGCAAUAUAUGUUUUUGUUUUCUAAUAAUUUAAUAACUGUCUUAAAGUUUUUAAUUUACUAUGAAUGAACAUACUUCUGUGAAACUAUGGGUGAUAAAAUUUUGUUUGAAACUUGUCUAUCCAAAGUUCAACAGCUCCACUUUUCUAGUCUUUCUGGCAAUAAAGUACAGAAUUCAUCACCACAAAAGAUUAACUGACUCCAUCAUGGACAAAUUCCAACUAAAAGCUGUGCCUACUUAUGUCCAAAGAACUCUCUUAAAAGACCGUCUUGAAGAUAACCUGCAUGUUCUUCUAGACAAAUGUAUCAUAAUUUCAAAGGAACAAUAUAUUCAGCUUUGUAGUGAAAAUCUAUUCUAUAUGGAUAAUGGGUUAUUAUGGCUGGCAUUGAAAUUAAGCCCUGAUUGUAAAAAUGCACAUAGUGAGAAACAAAAAAGUACCAACAGUAAACAUAACUUUAGUUUUUUAACUUCUGAAAUGCGUGAGAAGCUGUGGACAGAUGAUAUAAAAGCUAACCUAGACAAUAUCAGAAUAAUACCUGUUGUUGGUUCAAAAUUUGUAGCUGAGAAUGUUGCUUUCACAACAGAAAAUGAGUAUCAAAAUGUUGCAUCAAUAUAUGAUUUGAGUAAUUGUGAUAAUAUUGAAAUUACUUUCCAUCCUGUACCCUCUCUUGACACUUCACCUAAAAUAGCAGCUACAGCUGAAGUGAGCCUUAUUGUAAAUGAAUAUGACCUAGAAAAUGACUUCAUAAAAGAGGUUCUAAACAAUCACUUUGAAGUUCCAAAGGCAAUGAGUGUAAAUGACCUGUUUAGUAUAGACCUAACACCAAAAAUUACAACUAAAUAUCAUCAUAAAUAUUUAGAUUUAGUGGAAUCAACUGGAAAACUUUAUUUCAAAUGUAGAAAAGUGAGUGGUGAUACUUCUGAAGCAAAUAAAACUGGUGUCAGUGUACAAAAACAUUUAAUACAAACCUUUUUUGUGAUAAAAGGAGUUACUCAACUAACUUUGGGUGAAAAUGUACACACUCUGAAACCUAAAGAUGAAUAUUUUAGAAUUUCAGAGACUGAGAAGAAUGUGCAUAUAUUAAAAUUAUGUCCUACUGGUUUGAGGCAAAGUUUUGAACAAAUACAAGAAGCUAUCAGUCCCUUCCUGACUGAAGAUAUGAAUAGUAUAUCAUCUGUUAUGACAACUCCCAUAAUCCCAAUACUGCUUCUUACGGGUUCUAUUGGUUCAGGAAGACACUUACUUAUUAAAACACUAGCAAAAUAUAAUGGCAUGAACUGUCUACAGAUAGACUGCAAUGUACUUCAGAGCUCAACAGCUAAGCAGACAGAAAGCAAAAUUAAUGCUACAAUACAAAAAGGGAAAGCUGCUGCACCUGCUUUAAUUCUAUUGGACAAUUUUGAGGUAUUUGCAGUAGAUCCUGAAAACAAUGAAGACUGUAGAAUUAUAGAAUAUUUCAUGAACAUACUUACUGAUUUGUAUUUGAAUUAUACAAAACACCCUAUUAUUUUUGUAGCUGUUACUGAAAGAACAGAUCUAAAACCAAAUAUAUUAAGGAUAUUCCUUGAAAAAUUCCACAUACCAAAACUGAAUGCACAACAAAGACAUGAAAUGUUACAAUGGUUUACAUCAACUAUGCAAUUAAACAUAAAUGGAGAAGAACAAAAAUCAAACGAUGAAACAUUGAUGAAUAUUGAAGAUAUGGAAGUGUCUAUAAGUAAAAAUGCAGAAGAUGUCUUACAAAGAGUUGCAGCUAAAACAGAAACAUUUCGAUAUGGAGAUAUUGAUACAUUAGUGCACUUUGCUAUUAGAGAAUCAUAUUUAAAGCAACAUAAUAUUUAUGAUCAAUUACCAACAGAUCCUGAUCUGCAUCUUGUACGAGAAGAGGAUUUUAAUUCAGCAUUAGAUUCAAUAAGAAGUUUACAAAGUCAACAAUUGGAUGCACCUAAGAUUCCAAAGGUUUAUUGGGAAGACAUAGGUGGCCUUGAAAACUUGAAAAGAGAACUUUUAAAGACAAUAGAGUUUCCCAUCAAAUACCCACAUUUGUUCAAGAGUUCAACUCUUAAAAGAUCAGGUAUAUUAUUAUAUGGGCCACCAGGAUGUGGCAAAACAUUAGUAGCCAAAGCAGUCAGCACAGAAUUAAAUGUUAGUUUCCUCAGCGUGAAAGGUCCUGAGUUAUUGAACAUGUACAUCGGACAGUCGGAAGAAAAUGUUAGAAAAGUAUUUGAAUCAGCGCGCGCAUCAUCGCCAUGCAUAGUUUUCUUGGACGAGUUAGAUGCGCUGGCCCCUCGACGUGGCGCUGCCGGCGACUCAGGCGGAGCAAGUGACCGUGUUGUCAGUCAACUGCUCGCGGAAAUUGACGGCGUCGCCAGCGGAGAAGACGCCGAUAGCUCUAGUUUCGUGUUCAUAAUGGGCGCUACAAACAGGCCCGACCUGCUGGAACAAUCGCUACUGCGACCCGGCCGCCUCGAUAAACUCGUUUAUGUGGCACCUUAUAACGGCGUUACUGAAAAAACCUCCGUUUUAAAAGCACUGUGCAGAAGUCACAAUGUGCGACCGGAGGUGCAGUUGGGGAGCGUGGCUGCAUCCUUACCAGAGCGGUGCACGGGCGCCGACCUGCUGCGGGUGGUCAGCACCGCGCGAGCUGCCGCCGUUCGCACAUUACUACGAGAUCUACGCGAUGGAUUAAUAAAAGAGAGUGAACUGAGCACAGACUCGGUGAUCAUCGGCGACCCGGAACUAAAGGAAGGAGUUGAAACAUUCCGCCCCUCAAUCACUGAUGAAGAACUGGCUUAUUAUGAUUCUUUACAGACACGAAUGUAAUUUUGCAUAAUAAAUAUUUUCAAUGAUAGGAACAUCUACAACACUGAUAACUAAAAAACAACUAUGCAAGUGUCGCGCGAAAUCGACACUCGUUUGGGUAAACGUGUGUCUACAUAGUUAUCGUGCCCUGUUGUACCUACUCUGCGAAAUACACCGUAUAAAAAGGAUGGUUAAUCAACUUUAAAAGUCAAUUUCUGUCUUUUUUUAUUUUUAAGUCUGGGAUUAGUUCAGGCGUAAAGAAUAGUGUCUCCUAAAAAAUUCAUAUAUAGCCAUAUUAGUUUUAAAGUAUAAAAUAUAUUAUAAUUAAAAAAGAAUUAAUUACAUUUACUUAAAUUUUAUGAACAGGUGACGGAAUUCUAUGGGGACAAAUAAAUAAAUGGUUCUAGUCAUUCCAAAACUGCCUCAUUUUAGUCACGGUUCAUGUUAAUGUCUCAACCUUGAAAUAAAAAUACUAGAUCUUACAUUUAAACUGUGACGCUAAGAAUAGUACAAAUUGUUCAGUGAAAUAUAUAAGGGAGAACUAAUAUCUUUUUAGUUUUCAUAUAUUCUAUUUUAUUUAAAUAUACAGAUUUUACUCUGUCGCUGAAUCAUAAAAAUCGGACUAAUCUCCAAAGAGGAUAUUAAGAUAUUCUUAUUGAAAAUACAUGAACUUUACAAUUUAUUAAAUUUCUGUAUUAAAUACAAUCCCAAAUUAUAGUAAUAAUUGAAAUAACUUACCAUACCAACAUACCGAGUUAACUAGUUUGAGAGUAGUGUGUACUUCUAAUAUCACAAUUGUACUAUUCUUUUCUUUAUUAAUAGUUUUUACACUUAUGUAGUUUUAUGUAAAAUGAGUUAAUUUUAUCAAUGUGAUAGUGUCGAACUUGGCGCAACAGUAGAAAUUAUAAUGUUCAUUCAUAGGUUGAUUUUAUACCUACCUAACUUGUGCAAAACUUUCUAUUUGUAAAUGUAACCAUAUUGUGAAGAAUAAUACUUAGAUACACUAGAUAUUAUAAUUUAUUAGUAA